AUGACAAAUUCCAACGGAGGAUAUUCCCUAUGUAAUGUGGGUGCCUUGCUGUACUAUAACGAGUUGUACGGCGACAUCUGUUACUGGAUCUUGAGUUUAUAUGCAUCACGAAACGCGGAGGACAGUAAAACAGCAUGUAUGGACCAGAACGGGGAUCUGGCCUUUAUCCCUGAUCAGUUUGCACUCGACAUCGUUAUGACGUUACUAUUUGCUAAUGAUGCAAAUGUAAGCGGUUGGUAUGCGUACUUGGGGUAUAGGCGCGUCAACGCUUCAACAACGUUCCUUGCCAUCGAUGGAACCUCUUUAUUACAAACGUGGAUACCAUGGGACACCUUGAUGGGCCAGCCUUUGCAAAGCAGUUUACAAUGCAUAGCAAUUAAUGGCGCGACGGGAUUGUGGCAUGACAUGCAUUGUUCAAAUAACAUCAAGGCAAUUUGUUCUACACCUCUUUCGACGGCAAACACUACAACGGCUAAUCAGGAACCAACAAACACUACAACAACGACUCAGGAACCGACAACCACGACAACAACGACUCAGGAACCGACAACCACGACAACAACGACUCAGGAACCAAUAACUACCACAACAACAACGACUCAAGAACCGACAACCACAACAACAACGACUCAGGAACCAAUAACAACCACAACAACAACGACUCAGGAACCGACAACCACAACAACAACGACUCAGGAACCAAUAACAACCACAACAACAACGACUCAGGAACCAAUAACAACCACAACAACAACGACUCAGGAACCGAAAACCACAACAACAACGACUCAGGAACCAACCACCACAACAACAACGACUCAGGAACCGACAACCACAACAACAACGACUCAGGAACCGACAACCACAACAACAACGACUCAGGAACCGACAACCACAACAACAACGACACAGGAACCGACAACCACAACAACAACGACUCAGGAACCGACAACCACAACAACAACGACUCAGGAACCAAUAACAACCACAACAACAACGACUCAGGAACCGACAACCACAACAACAACGACUCAGGAACCGACAACCACAACAACCACGACUCAGGAACUAACUACUUCAACAACUUCUUCUCUCGAACAAAAAACAACAGAACACCAAACAACAAAUAUAGGAAUGUGUUGGUGUCCAUGUCAUUACACUAUAUUCGGAAAUAUAUCCGAUGAACUGCAAGUCAAACUAGACAUUUUAAGGGAGCAAACAAAAGUCGAUGAAGAAACUUUAUCGUCGACGAUAAGGAAGAGGACAUGUGCCAACGAUCCUCGCCCCUCAGCAGCACAUGUAGGCUACGGAGGGAUCGCAAUGCUGAGUGUUGUGUUUGGUGGAAUUGUGUUACCGGAUCUAUUUCCAGCACUACAAACAUUAUAUAACAUUGCAGAAAAUAUUGUACAGCAUUGCUUUAAAAUUCAGUCGCAUAAAUAA